CGGUCCCAGAGCAGAGAGGCACUGAGUCACGGUCCCGUUCUCUGCAGCUGUGCGCCUCUCAGGUUCAACGUGUUGCUUAAUUAGGACAUCCCGAAAGAGCGCCGGUGCUCCGCGCAGCUGAGUGACGGGGCAGGGGAGCAGGAGGGGACCGCAAGACAACAGCACACCGCCACGAAUCCGUCCCGGCAUAAUCACACCCCUAAAGACCAGGACAGAAAUUUACUGCGGACCAGAACAGGGAGGUUUGUCGCCAUGGAAGGAUUAAUGCAGCGGCUGGAGCGAGCGGUGACUCGCCUGGAGCAGAUGUCAGUGCAGCCGUCCAGCAGCAUGGCUAACGGGGACUGUGUCAAUGGCAUAGAUGGAGGUCUGUCUCAGUGCGUGGAGGCCUUUGACAUGCUGAUGAGCGGCCCAGUGUCAGACUACCUGAACAACAGCCGAGCUAUAGGGAGCGAAGUGGAGAAACAUGCAGAGAUGGUGAUGAACGCCUUACAGACUCAGAGAGUUUUCCUCAAGAUGGCUGCCACACACCAGGAACCAGCGCAGACAGAGCUCCAGGACCUCUUGAAACCAAUUUCAGAUCACAUUCAGGAGAUUCAGAACUUCAGAGAAAGAAACCGCGGCAGCAGCCUCUUCAACCAUCUUUCAGCAGUCAGCGAGAGCAUCCCCGCUCUGGGCUGGGUGGCCGUGAGUCAAAAGCCUGGUCCAUAUGUAAAGGAGAUGAACGAUGCCGCCACCUUCUACACCAACAGAGUGCUUAAGGACUACAAGGAAACAGACAGACGUCAUGUGGACUGGGUGCGCUCCUACCUGUCAAUCUGGACUGAGAUGCAGGGAUUCAUCAAACAGCACCACACGACAGGUCUGGUGUGGAGCAAGAGUGGCCCCAUUGCUCCUGCUUCUCUCUUUGACUCCCUGCCAGCCCCCAGUGCACCCUGUCCACCGCCUCCUCCUCCUCCUCCUCCCCCCGGCCCUCCUCCAGUCUUCACCGAUGACAACUCCAAGCCUCAGGCAGACAGCACAGCAGCCCAGCACUCUGCGCUAUUCGCCCAGCUCAACCAGGGCAUGGACAUCACUAAAGGUCUGAAGCAUGUCUCGGAUGACCAGAAGACCCAUAAGAAUCCCAGUCUGCGCUCUCAACAACCAACAUCAACAAAAGGCAAGAACCCUGGGUCUGUAAGUUCACCUACAGCAGCUGUCCAGAAAAGACUCCCUCUGCUGGAGCUGGAGGGGAAGAAAUGGAGGGUGGAAAACUUUGAGCAGAAACAUGACCUGGUUAUCGAUGAGACGGAGCUCAAACAGGUGGUGUACGUCUUCAGUUGUAACAACUCCACCCUCCAGAUUAAGGGCAAGAUUAAUUCCAUCAUUAUAGACAACUGUAAGAAACUGGGUGUGGUUUUUGAGAAUGUUGUUGGGAUCGUGGAGAUCAUCAACUGCAAAGCCAUCCAGUUACAGGUUUUAGGAACAGUUCCCACCAUUUCUAUCAACAAGACCGAGGGCUGCCAGGUCUACCUGAGUAAGGACUCCCUCGGCUGUGACAUUGUGAGUGCCAAGAGCUCUGAGAUGAACAUUAUGAUACCUGAAGGAGAGGACGAUUACAAGGAGUUCCCAGUCCCGGAGCAGUUCAAGACUGUUUGGAAUGGAGUCAAACUGGUGACAGAACCCACAGAGAUCGCAGGCUAACUUUAUCAUCACCACACGCACACAAAUUUAUUUUUUCCAUCCACCUGAUCUCAUCACUCAGAUAUAUGAAAGGGAUUUUCUAACAGGCGCCUAGAUUAAUGUUUAGUCUAAUCUUUGCUGCUCUAUUUGUGACUUCAUAAGAGGUUUCUCCAGCACUUCUGCAGCUGUUGACUGUAAUGAACCAGUCAGUAAGUUGAGUUUUCUUGCCUCUAUAACACAACCCCGCACUAGUCGUGAAGAAUGUCUCUGGUCUAAGUGUCACAAACCGGAGCACACCUACAUUUCUGUGCCAAAGCAACACCAACAUUAAUGUAAGGAAGUGUAGCUGUUGAAAAAAUAUUUUAAAGAUACUCUCAUCAUUAGAUCUCAGUCUCCUUAAAAUAUAUUUUUUAAAUGUUACAGGAUUCCCACAAUCAUAGUGUACUCACACUGAUUGCAGAAAGCCUAAAAACUGCACUACAUAUAAAUACAGAAAAGCAAAUAAGUGUAUGCGGUAUAUUUUCCAUCUUAUAAAGUGCUGCCAGCACCUCUUUAAUGUGUAUAGUGGCCAGCAGUUAUGUAGUGAUGUUUCACUGUGAAGUACAUGCAGUAACGAUCUCCUUAUUCUGCACUGACGCCUGCUGUUGUGAUUGAAAUGAUUAAUCACCUGGCUCCUAAUUUCUUUUACUGUAUAACGUAUCAGCAGUAGCAGCAGUGGUAACACUUACCUUUGAGUGCUUCUUUAUUGUACUUUGUAUACAACUCUUAUUUUGUAGCACACAGCACCAGCAUAGGACAAAUGAAAUGUUGAUACUAAGAAAUAAUUUACAA